GUGCUUCACAAAGCUUGAGGAAACAUGAACGCUUACAGUUUUCUUUUUACUUUGUUCUUGUCUCUUCAAAGUCAAGUUUUUUCAGAAGACGAUUUUUACCAAGUCAAAGCAUGUUGUUCAUUCAAUGGUCCAAACUUUGACAAGGUUGAAUACAUACUUACAACCAGUUUUAACAAGCAAAAGAUGAUGGAGUACAACAGCACAAGAGGAAACUGGAUUGGAUUCACUGAUUUUUCAAUUGUGGCUUCAUAUUACUGGAACAGAGACCCUUGGGACCGCCUUGAAAGAUUAGUGGAAAUGAGACUAAUGUGUUACGAGAACAUCAAUUUUAUUCAAACCAUCGGAAACCUGUCAACAACGCCGUCCAUGAGGCUAAAAUCAGUGAAACAGACAGAUGGUCGACAUCCAGCCAUGCUUGUGUGCAGUGCCUAUAACUUUUACCCAAAGCAAAUUAAAAUAACCUGGCUGCGAAAUGACCAAGAAGUGACUGAAGGGGUCAGUAACACAGAUGCCAUCCCAGUUGGAGAAUUGUACUACCAGUUUCAUUCUUACCUUGAGUACACACCGACUUCAGGAGAAAAAAUCAGCUGCAUGGUUGAACACGUCACCCUGUCGGAGCCAAGGAUCAUUGUUUGGAUUUCAGAUGACUCCCUUCCUGAAGGAGAAAAAAAUAAGAUUAUUGUGGGACUGUCUGGACUGAUCCUUGGUUUGGUUAUCUUUAUCUCUGGAUUUAUUUACUACAAGAAAAAAUGUGCUGUGUAUAACUCUGUCCGCCAGGGUGAGGAGAUGUAAGUUUGUUGUAGGUCACAACAGGCUUCGUUAGCUACAGCAUAGCACAGAGCAAGGGGGAGGAAGAAUGAGAAGCAACAUGAGAUUAUGAUUGACAGCACUAUAACCUGCCUCCUGCCUCUGAUUGGUUGUUUCUAGAUAGUACUGGGAAAAUGCAGAAGAAAGAGAUUCUUUUACAAAUUAUCUCUAAUCCUACACUGGGGAUGUGGGUUAGAGCUGCUGCUGCUGACUGACUCAUCUGUUGUCAAGGGACAAGUUGAAUAUCUUGGUAAUUUUAUUUUCCUUAAUUCAUUAAAUGCUAGUGAAAUGGAGGCAAGCCGUAGUCUGUAGCCAAGCUAACUAUGCUAAAUGGUUGAUAAUCUCACAGUCUACUCACCUCUAUUGGAGAAAAACUAUGUUACAGAUUGGUACUCUUGUCUUUUCUCUCUCUUAUCUCUAUUAUUUUUUUAUUUAUUUAUUUUUUUUUGAGAACCUGACUAUUAUUUUUCUUGGCAGCAUAGUAACUGCCACAGUCGCUCUUGUCUUCUACUGGCUGCUGCUGAACCAUCACAUGCAGAUCCAGGGGAGUUCAGGGCAAAUAUGGAGGUGUGAUUUUUGGUCUGGGAGUGGGAACAUGAAAUUUUUACUGUUAAAAACAGUA